AUGGGCAUCACCAAUAGCAGUGUCAAGGGGGACUUCAUCCUGGUGGGCUUCUCUCACCAGCCCCGCCUGGAAAAGAUAAUCUUCAUGGUGGUGUUAGUGUCCUACCUGUUGGCCCUAGUGGGAAAUACGGUCAUUAUCCUGGUCUCCUCCAUUGAACCUAAGCUCAAAACACCCAUGUACUUCUUCCUCACUCAACUCUCCAUAGUCGACCUCUGCUUUACCACCAGUGUUGUCCCUCAGCUGCUGUGGAACCUCCGGGGCCCCAAGACCAUCACACUCCUGGGCUGUGUGGUCCAGCUCUAUGUGUCCCUGGCCAUGGGUUGUGUUGAGUGUGUCCUGCUGGUGGUGAUGGCUUUUGACCGCUAUGCUGCUGUUUGCAAACCUCUGCACUAUGCCACUGUGAUGAACCCACGGGUGUGCAAGGCUCUGACGGGUGUUGCGUGGCUGUUUGGAAUCGGAAACACCUUCAUUCAGUGUGCGGUCACUCUCCGGCUGCCUCGCUGUGGACAUCGGAAGAUUUAUAAUUUCUUCUGUGAGGUACCCUCAAUGAUUAAGCUUGCCUGUGUGGACGUCCAUGCCAAUGAAGUCCAAUUGUUCAUUGCUUCACUAGUCUUUCUCUUAUUGCCCUUAUCAGUGAUAGUGACUUCUUAUGGAUUUAUAGUCAGGGCAGUUGUAAGGAUCAAGUCAGCCCAGGCCUGGCGCAAACAGUGUCAAGGGGGACUUCAUCCUGGUGGGCUUUCCUACCUGUUGACCCUGGUGGGAAAUACAGCCAUUAUCCCGGUCUCCUCCACCGACCCUAAACUCAAAACACCCAUGUACUUCUUCCUCAGCCACCUCUUCUUAGUCGACCUCUGCUUUACCACCAGUGUUGUUCCCCAGCUGCUGUGGAACCUCCGGGGCCCAGCCAAGACCAUCACACUCCUGAGCUGUGUGGUCCAGCUCUAUGUGGCUCUGGCCAUGGGUGGUGCUGAGUGUAUCCUGCUGGUGAUAAUGGCUUUUGACCAUUGUUCUGCUGUUUCCAAACCUCGUCACUAUGCUACUGUGAUGAACCCAACAGUGUGCAAGACUCUGACAGGGGCUGCAUGGCUGUGUGGAGUCAUAAGUGCUCUCACCCUGAGCACUGUCACCCUUCGGCUGACUCGCUGUGGAAACAGGCAGAUCUAUAAUUUCUUCUGUGAGGUACCCUCAAUGAGUAUCUGCUGUGUGGACAUCCAUGCCAAUGAGGUCCAAGUGUUCACCACUUCAUUAGUCUUGCUCUACACAUCCUUAUUGUUUAUAAUGACAUCUUAUGGAUUAAUAGUGAGGGAAGUUGUAAAGAUCAAGUCAGCCCUGGCUUGGCGCAAAGUCCUGGGGACAUGUGGAUCCCAUCUGAUGGUAGUGCCUAUCUUCUAUGGGACUGCUCUAAUGAUCUAUGGUCAGUGCAACAGCUCCUUUUCUGACACUCAGGGAAAAAUCUUCUCCCUGUUUUAUACAAUAGUGACCUCCUCCCUCAAUCUACUCAUCAACACAAUGAGGGACAAAGAUGUGAAGGGAGCACUCAGAGGACUGGUUUUCAGAGACAAAGGCUCAAAACCAUAG